UGGGCCCUUCUGUCUCCCAGCGUGUGAGUGCUGCAUUUACCUGCAGGGCAGGGUACCCCUGAACCUGUAUUUGUUACCUGAACAGAAGGGGACGAGCAGUUCGGUUCUCCACUGUGCUGGCUGGGUUUGCUUUGUUCGCAGCCACUGCUCAUGUAAUGCACUCCCUUAACCAGGAAAUUAAGGCUUUCUCCCGGAAUAAUCUCAGGAAGCAAUGCACCAGGGUGACAACGCUAACGGGAAAGAAAAUUAUAGAAACGUGGAAAGAUGCCAGAAUUCAUGUUGUGGAAGAAGUAGAGCCGAGCGGUGGAGGAGGUUGUGGUUAUGUGCAGGACCUUAGCUUGGACCUGCAAGUUGGUGUUAUUAAGCCAUGGUUGCUUCUGGGGUCACAAGACGCUGCUCAUGAUCUGGAUACAUUGACAAAGCACAAGGUGACUCAUAUUCUCAAUGUUGCAUGUGGAGUUGAAAAUGCUUUCCUCAGUGACUUUAUAUAUAAGAGUAUUUCUAUAUUGGAUCUACCUGAGACCAAUAUACUGUCUUAUUUUCCAGAAUGUUUUGAAUUUAUUGAACAAGCAAAAAUGAAGGAUGGAGUGGUUCUUGUUCAUUGUAAUGCAGGAGUUUCCAGGGCUGCUGCAAUUGUAAUAGGCUUCCUAAUGAAUUCUGAAGAAAUCUCAUUUACCAGUGCCUUUUCUUUGGUGAAAAAUGCAAGGCCUUCCAUAUGUCCAAAUGCUGGCUUUAUGGAGCAGCUUCGUAGGUAUCAAGUGGGCAAAGAAAGCAAUAAGUGUGACAAAAUACAGGAAUUAGAAGAAACAACAGUUCCUGAGUUACAUUCUAGCCGAUGAUGGACAACUGUAAUUUCUGAGUUGGUCUCUAGAGCCACCUUUCCCCUUUUUGAGAGUAAACUAGUAGAAACUUCCUUUUCUCAUGCUUUUCUCAAGUGGAAAUAGAGGUCAACUGAUGGUCCUAAGUUAGGGCAUAAGUAAAAUUUUUAAUUAUAUCAUGUUUUCUUUAAUAUUAUAAUGUGUAAUUAAAUGCUUCUUUGAUUUGCUGAGGGAAAAUAACAAUGUGUUACCAAUAGUGAUUUCUGCAGAAAGAAAAGGUUUAAAUUUAAAAUCUAUAUUAAAACAUGAAAGAUUAAAUUAGUUGGUUAAAACUUUUGGUAGUUUUCUAUUCUAGCAACUGUUUACAUGAAGGAAAAAACUUGAGUGCUACUUGACUUAUUUCAGAGGGAGGUAAAUUUCUUUGUGAAGAAUUUAAGAUUAAAAAACAAUACCUUAAACCUCCCAAAAGAGGUAACCAAAAUCUGAAGUGUUAUACAAUAUUUAUGUAGUGGUUACAAUAUUCACAAAAUUAUGUCCUUUUAUGAAAAUGUACCCACUUUUCAUUUUAUUUUUUUAAUUUAAUUUCAUUCCCUGUGUUCAUUUUUUAAAGUUUUUUAUAUAGCUAUUCUCUCUUGCUUUAUUGUGAUUUUAUGGUUCUUUUAUUAGGUGAUCUAAUCUUUUACAUUGUGUGCUUUUUAUUCUGGGUCCCUGGCAUUCUGUUUUUGGGUCUGAUGUCAUAAUUUUCUGAUCUCCUUGGAUCUAUGGGAAAGUGUUUCACUGAAAAAUCAUUUUUAAAAUAUGGUUUGAUUAACGAUCUGUUUUCUAGUUUGGUAUUUUACUAGGGAACAUAUUUUUAAGUAAAGAACAAUUAUGGCUUUGUAAGAAAUUUUACAUUUUUAGAAAGCCAAAAAUUAUUUAUAAUUUUAUUUCUGGCCAGAGGCUUUGAUUAGUUUCUUUUUUAAAUUAAGUCUCUGUAUUGGCAAGGUUGAACUCUGUACAUUAUGAAUUUGCUUAAAGAUAUUCUUUGAAUUAUUCAGAAUAAAAGGUACUUAAAAUUAAUUAUAAUUAAGGUACAAUUUAUUUAAUAGCUUUCAAGUAGACUUUCAUGACUUAGAAAAUAUCAUUGCUUUCUAGAUUUUAUUAAGAAAGUCCUGAACUCUUCUUAAAUACACAUUAUAGAGAGCAAGCAUUUUCCUAUGUGUCUUUGUGGUCAGUAUUGCUGAGGGUUUGCUGGGUGAACUUUUUCCAUUCACAUGAAAGCAUUUAUUUAAAUAAAUUUUCCUUUGUUUCCUUUGCUAUUUAGUUAUCAGCCAUUAAAUGUUGUGAAUAUGAAGACUAAAAUAGAACUUAUUCCUUAUGGAUAAUGUAUUUUUGUCUGUAGUUGCUAUGCGUAGUUGUUGCCUGUAGUGAUCUGGUUACAGUACAUACAUGUACCUUCUGUAUCAUCUACAGAAGUGCUUUGAGCAUCAAUUUUGUUUUCUCUCAAAUGCUAGUAGUUUGCUGUAUCUAAAAUAAAUCAGUAAAGGUAAUUCAGUCUUUUAAAUUAGGGGUGCCACGUAAGGCAGCGAUGGGUCAUACAUGUCAUGUGUUUAUUGGGCUUCUCAGCGAUAUGUCACUCUGUCAUACCAAGUUAUUUAUGAAAAGGAACUUUAUCAUGAUUCUCCGUCUCACAUAUUAUAAAUGGAUCUCAAAUAUACAUUUGUUUUGAGGGAGUGGAAAAAGUAUUUCAAGGACUUUUUGCCUCUAUUUUAAAAUAGACAUUCUUAUUUUAGAAAGUUCCCCUCAGAGGUAAUUUCUCCAAAGAUUUUGCAGUGUAACAAGUAUAAAUCAGAGUAUUGUCUUAAAACCUUACCCUGUGAAUUAACUCAAUGAAUUAACACCAUUAUAAGCAAAACCACAAUACAUUUAAAAAAACAAACCAGAAAUGUAGCACAAUGAAUCAUUUGACUUUGCCAGGUGAUUCUAAAUCAUUGAUUUUUCUGCCUAAAGCAUCCUGAACACAUUUAGUUGCCCUGUAGUUAUUUUAAGAAUUUAAACCAGAAGAUUUUAAAGUUUUAUAUUCUUAGAAUACAUACAGUGGCAUUUACAAUUAACACAUUUAUGGUUUGUUUCCAUUGAUAUACUUUUAAAAAAACCUUAUAGUUAAACUUUUCUACUUCAGGUGAAACUUUGACUUACUGUUUUGUAUCCAUAUUUAUAACGAGCCCUUUAUUGUUUCUAGGUAUUGAUAUACUUUAACAAAAAUAAUAAAUUGACUUUCUCCCAUUAAUAUCUUUAUUUCUUUGAGGUUAUUUGUUUUAAAAGAUUUACCACUUAUUUGCUGUCAAAUUCUGGAUUAAAAAAAAUCUGUUGGCAAAGCACAAAAUUAUAUAUUUUGGAGUAUAAAUUAGUUUAAGGUCUGUGGAGUUUGAUCCUCCAGCCACCUCAAGAAUUGAAAAGCUAUAAUCAGAUCUUAUAAUUGGCAUUACUCUGGAUAAAUUGGCAGUGAAAAUUCAAUAGAAUAUCCUAGUACUUUAAGUCAAGAGAAGAUGCUGAAUUACUCUGAGAUUAAACUGAGAUUUACUGUCUUAGUAAAGCCUUCCCUGACCACCUUAUUUCAAGUUGCUUCCAUCCCUAAUACUUAUAUCUACCUUUCCUGUUUUAUUUACUGCAUAUCCCUAAUUAUCACCAAAAUUAUUUAUAUUUUAGUUAUUUAUUUUGUUUUUCCCAUCAAAACUUCGGCUCCCCAUGAGGGCAGAGAUUUCACUAUGUUGUUUAUCUGCACUAGAGUGUACCCCAUAUCAGGCAUUCAGAAUUGCUUGUUAGAAGGAAGGGAGCCGGGAAGGAAGGAAAAAAAAAUUUAUGCGUGUUGUUGUGCCAGCUUAAUGAUACCUACUGCAGAUCACAGUUCCUGCACUGGCGAGUGAACAACGGUGUUCAUCUGCACCCAUGUCUGACAGUGCGUGAGGGUGACAGCAGGGAAUAUUAGGUCCGAAACAGAUCUACAUAGGCCCCUAUGCAACAGAAAACACGAGUGCCCUUUUUAAUUUCUGAAUACUUUUCUUUCUUUCCUUCUUUUUUCUUUCUUUCCUUCUUUCUUUCUUUCCUCCUUUCUUUCCUUUCCUUUCCUUUGCUUUUUCCUUUUUUUUUUUUGCUGCACUGCCUAGCUUGCGGGAUCUUAGUUCCCCAACUAGGGAUCAAACCCAUGCCCACUGCAGUGGAAGUGCAAAGUCCUAACCACUGGACCACCAGGAAGGUCCCUCUGAAUAAUUUUCUAGUAAAAUUAUUUAGAAAUUUAAAAACUGAUCAAACAGCAAGAGUAUUCAGUAUAUGGUAUUUUGCUUUCACUCAAGAUAUAAAAGAAUAAUGGCUUAUGUGCUGAUUAUCCCUUUAUUGUCUCAGCUCCAAGUCCACUCUUCAUUGUGUCUACAAAAAGGAAGAUGGGUCAUUUAAAUAUCUUUCCUUUGACAGCUGGUGUGAUGUUGAGCUUUGUCAGUAGAGGCUCUGUGUGUUGGAGAGCCCUUUCGGGAGGAAGGAGCAUUUCUGUCCAGCUUGGUGUGCCUUCAAGGCAGCUCCUGCAUUUCAGACAGCCUCCUACAGCACUCACAGCUUCUCCAUCAUCUAGUCCUGGGAGCCAGGCUUCUUCAGCACUUGACUCCUAUAGCACCCCGUGGCAGCAGCUUUCCUGGAUAAUGUCCUGGUUUGAUAGCAGAGUGCCUGUGGUGAGACACCUCCCUGUCAACAGCUUUGCCUGGCAUCCUAGAGGGUGGAUUUCCAGCAAGUUCUUCCAUAUCUCUGCCGUUCAGUGAGCCAUAGCUUCACUCUGCAACAAGAUCCAAAUUUCAACCCUAGGAGUCUUCUUUCUUGAACACUCAUGCCCAGGCUGCUCUUUAUAUCUGCUAUUGCUGUAUUGUUUACAGCUCUUUACUUCCUCCUUUCUAACCAGUCCCUCAUUACUCCAAUCCUAUUAUGGUUAAUAAACUUUCAUAUUAAACUUUCCUGGCCCAAAUUAUUGUGUGGUUUACCUCUCCUGGUGGACCCAGACUGUCUAGCCAAUAAUUUACAGUCAAUUAUUUUAAUAAUUGUCCUUGUGGAGUGUUUCUGAUAGCAGGUCAAGCUUUGUUACAACCAUGCAGAUUAUGAUAAUAAAAGCUCAAAUGGCAAUGUUGUAGGAAUAUUUUUUAAGAGUCUAAUUCUAUCAAUAUAAAGUGUUCACUGUAAGAGUAUAAAGACAAUGACCUGAUUUUGUUAAUGCUUCUUGUCUACAGAGUGAUGAAUUCUUUAAAGUUAAAAAAAAAGCACACAAAUAGUGCAAAUUUGCUAUUGCUCUUAUGUUUACACCCACUGCUUCCUUUCAUAUAUCAUACCAGCAGGAGAGGAAAUUGCUUUCAUUGCUUGCAGGGAGUUCCCACUCUCAUCUAUCCACAGUUCAGUUCUUCUACUAAAUUUGUAAAUCUACUUAAUAAUUGUUGUAAUUACUGCUAAUGCAACUUCAUGAACUCUGGGGGGUAAAUGAAAACAGCUAAUGUCUCACCACUAGAGAUUUGUUCAUAUAUACCUUUUAUAAAAGCAAAUGCAUGCUUUUAUAAGUUCUCACAAACAAAAACUUCCUUAUAUUUUCCCCAGGAUUGACAUACAUCUUGCUGUGUAUAAUUUAUAGCGUUCCCCCUUCCCCUUUAAAAAAUCUGGUAUAGUAACUGCCUAUCUUUAGUUUUAUGACACGCUCACAGCAUGUCUUAAAUAUGACUGAUCUUGCUUUGGGGAUAUCAUUAGCAGUUUUUUUCAGGAUUUCUUCAACUCAUAAAAAGAAUUUUUUUCACAUUCAGGGGCUCCCCUGCAGACUCUUAUUUUUUUAUGCUAUUUAUUGACAACUAUUUAUUGAUCAUCUACUACAUGUCAGACACUGAUAGUUGCUGGAGAUAUAAUGAUAAGUAAAACAAAUCCCUGCCCCCAUGGAGCUUCCAUUUAAAGUCACAUCACUAUGUAAUAACCAGACAUAUCUACACUGCUCCCUCAGCCUUCUCUUAGUUAGAUUUUCCCCUGUUUUAAAAUGUCUGAACCAUGGAGGUCUUUCUUAUCUUAGGGGAGGUGGGCAAAUGACCAAGGGCAGAAUUUUCUAAGGAUCUUUUAACACAACUGCUCCUGGUCCUACUGAAGUAAAUAGCAGCCUUAAGAAAUACAAAAACUCCUCCUCAUCAGCAUCUACCUACAAUGAUAACAUUAAUUAACAAUAAAGACCAAAAUUUAAAGAAAACAAUUUCCUAGUGUUCACUAGAAAAAAAGCUGUCUACACGGGGAGAUGUGUAUAAAAACAGAUGAUUGAACUUGGUGUACCCCCCCAAAAAAAAUAAUAAAUAAAUUUAAGGAAAAAAAG